AUGCGAUUUUCUCUUCGUACCUCUCCGGUACCGACAUGUCGCUCAUCUAAAUAUGCUAUCUAUAUUGGUGGGACGUCAUGGAGUCGGCCUUCUGCUCCUUAUUCAGUAGUAACAGCCCCAAAAAAAACGAAAUCGACAAGAUCUUGCCCAGGUGGAGUAACGAUACCACCAUUUAGACCUGUCGUGAAAGAAGAACAACGAUUUGUAUGCGUCAGCCAAAAUUCAAACGUGAUUAUGCGGCUGGGUGAGGCCAAAGAAGUUGAUGCUAGUGUAAAGACGUCGGAGUACGGUAGCUGUGAACCAAGCCCUACCAACGCAUCUCAAGGACUUCUGUGUUCUCAUCAAGAUUCUGAUUACGAUAAUGACUAUGCUGUUCAGGAGUUCCAACGUUAUGAGGCUGAAAUUAGGAAGUUAAAGCGUCGUCUGAAAGAUGAUCGGUACCGGUAUAGAGAACAGAUUAUUAGUGCUCAGAACGAAGCUGAACUGCUCCGCCGAGAAGCGAAGAAGAUUAGUCGUUCAUUAACUUUGAUGCAGAGGACUAUUGACUGUGAACGUCACAAAAAUCAAAAUCUCAAGCGACGUCUUCGGGACUCAGAAAUUGUUAUAAGUCAGCUGCGAGAAGAAAUAGCUGCUUUAAAGAAGAAUGAGGCUGAACGUGAACGUUUUGAUUCCUUUGAAGCUGCGGGAGCAUCUGGCGCUGUUGGUGCAGGCGAAGCUUUAUGUGCGCUUACCCAGUCGAAUGCCGACCUCUUCAGCGUGGACCUCAAUCCGCAGUUUAGCGAUGCUCCAGAUGAAGUUCGAAACUUUCGCGUCACUCACUAUGACACUUCUAGCGUGGUUGAAACACCUAGGUCAUCGUCGCCUUUAGUUGAAAUUGUGAAACCUGACACGUGCACUCAUGAGGAUGUUAUCUGCAAUGAAGAGUUCGAAAAUGAUCCGAGAAGCUCAGUGAGACGAUCAUACUCGGACAGCGAAUUACCAACGCUUGUUGCAGCCUUGCAGACUGAAGAUGCGCCUAUUGAAGGUGCUCCCUCCCAAGUUGCCUCAUCUCCAACUGUUGAACCUAGACACGGAACGUCAGAAAACUAUAGUGAAAAACUGAAUGAUGGUAAUAUAUGGUCAUCAGAUGACGAAUCUGCUGCCCAGGAAUUGAUUUGCAAACAGUUACGACGCCGUGGUGACGUCGUUCGAUUUAUCCCUCCCAGACGAACUAUUCGCGACAUCAACUUUAGGCACUUUGGGCAGAAAGAACGUAGUGCACUUGCUGAAUUUGAUUAUCUGCACGACCUUAGUACAGAUGCUAGUGCUAUAGCCUCGAGUCCAGAUUAUCCGAAUUGUGUUUCUAACUGUGCCCUCAACGGGUCUCAAUUAGUCAAUUUAAGUUAG